AUGUACCGUAAAAGGUUAGAUAAUUUCCGUUCACACCAUUCCGACAAUAGUAAAAGGAGUAACAAACAAAAAUCCCGCUUUCAGCGGGCAUGUAGAUCGGUUUUCUACAAUCGUGGUAAUAACAAAAAGUCACAGAGACGUGUGGAUAGUCUUGAAGAAAAACUUCAGCGUGCUAGACAACACCGUUUUCUAUUUUUACCUUCACAGCAUAUUAACAAACCUAUACAACAUGUGAAUUACCAUAACCCGUUCCGCCGACCCGCUCCACGUUAUCCAAGGGACGAUUCAAUUAGUACGACAAGUACUAGCUCGCCUGCCACCAAUUCACAACCCGUUCCCGUCGAAGAUGAGAACAUUUGGCACGACAAGCUGGGUAUUUGGAUUCCUAACAGUCUCCUUCCUUACGUAACAGAAGAACCUGUUUAUAUUUCUAAAAGACAGGCCAAACUCAAAGGUCAACAUUUUACGCCAGGCUGUGCGUAUUGGUUAGAUGGUAUUAAAAAACGUAAAGAAGCUCAUGAAUUAGCUUUACGUCAACAAAAAGAUCAAGAAGCAAAUGAUAAUGCUCGCCUCACUCUUGAAAAAGAACUUUAAGCCAGAGCUCAACUCUGGGGUACCUCUAUCAACCGUAUAGAAUAUCGUGAAGAUAUGACGAAAGACCUCACCAAUUUCCAGGAUCAUUAUCACAAGAAAAUCACACCUCUGAUUGAGCGUCGUGCUGAUCUAGAGAACAGGCUUAAACAGGGAAAAAACAUUUUCAAAACUAACAAACAAUUACUCCAGUUAGAACAGGAGCUUGGUCGUUUUAAUAUCGACUAUUUCUCAGUCAUGAACAUUGAUGACUACCAUUAUCGUUAUAAAGGACACACAUCCGAUGAUGCGAAACAACUUGAAAUCAGACCACAUAAACGUCCUCCUGUCUCGACUAUAAUU